AGAUCUCACUCAGCUCAACCGCCUCCACUUUCACCAAACCAUCUUCUCUGAGCCUUUCAUCGCUCCCUCGGAGAUGGCAGUGUCGGAUGGAUCACCAACCCCUCAGAUGGUUGGCAAUGCUUUUGUGGAGCAGUAUUAUUCUAUACUGCAUCAAGAGCCGGACCAAGUUCACAGAUUUUAUCACGAAUCGAGUGUUCUAAGUCGACCUGAAGAAGACGGUUCCAUGACAAUGGUGACGACUACUGUGGAAAUAAAUAAAAAGAUACUCUCUCUGGAUUACACAAGCUUUAGGGUGGAAAUUCUUAGUGCUGAUGCCCAACCUUCACACAAGGAUGGGGUGGUAGUGGUAGUGACUGGCUGCUUAACUGGAAGUGACAAUAUGAAAAGGAAGUUUACUCAGUCCUUUUUCUUAGCCCCACAGGACAAAGGCUACUUUGUUUUGAAUGAUAUUUUCAGAUAUAUUGAUGAGUAUAAGUCAGUUGAUAUUGAGUCUGUGCCUGCAAAUGAUGCUGAUGAAAGUGCUCCAACAGAUACUUUCACUCCUGAGCCUGAUGUCAUUAAUGUUGCUGAAGAUGUUCCAGAUAGCCAAACUGUUGUUGAUGAUGACAUUAGUGUCAACAAAGAAGUCAGCCAGCCACUGGAGAAUGGAAACUUAUCAGUUGCUGAAAAGGUGGUUCCUGUUAAUCACGUUAAUGAAUCCAGUCACCUGGAACCUCAUUCACAUGCUGAGAAAGCUGCUUCUAGUAACUCACAGGAGGAUACUCCAAAGAAGUCUUUUGCAUCAAUAGUGAAUGCACUGAAAGAAAAUGCUGCUCCUUUCUAUGUGAGGGCUUCCCCUGUGAAACCAGUAGAACAACCACGUGUUCCUAGCGUGCAAGCAUUAGAAGUACCAGCUCUUACCAUUGAGAAUCCAACAGAAAAGAAUAAUGAGAAUGGAGGCAAGGCUUAUGCAAUAUUUGUUGCAAAUUUGCCCAUGAAUGCAACAGUAGAACAGCUGGAUCGUGUUUUCAAGAAAUUUGGGCCCAUUAAACGGGAUGGAAUUCAAGUUAGAAGUAGUAAGCAACAGGGAUCUUGUUUUGGUUUUGUGGAAUUUGAAUCUGCUACUUCAAUGCAAAGUGCACUUGAGAAUGCUAUGAGGAAAAUUGAGGAAUCAAGUUGUGGUUUUUCUUCCUUUAUUGGUAGUUGUGUUCAUAUUAAUGCUAGUGCUAAUUUGAUAUUACAAAGCUGGUGUUCUUUGGGAGAUGUUGCUGCGGGUGCUUUUUCUACCAAAGAGUUUACUGGCUUCCCAUUUAGCAGACGGUGUCAAAUGCUGACGGUGCUCACAAUCCUUUGUUCUAUCAAAUUUUGCGCUGAUAACGUGUGUUCUUCUUUGAUGCAGCUAACAAUGAUAGGGGGAGGUAUUCAUCAGGAAGAGGUGGAUACCGGAAUGACAGAAAUGAUAACUUCAGGGGCCGUGGCAACUACGGCGGUGGUGGCCGUGGUGGUGGCUAUGGAAAUAGGAAUGAUAAUUUUGAGAAACGAGGGGAGUUUUCUGGCAGGCCUAGAGGAGGCAACAAUGGUGGUGGGCGUAGCAAUGGAGAAGUUGUGCCAAGGAGUUAUCAGAAUGGAGGAAAAGUCACUCGUCAACCAGUGA